UUUGACGCUUAAGAAAGCCUUGGAUAUUUGCCGCGCAGCUGUUGCAUCUCGCACCUAUUCGGAGAAUAUAAAGCCUGAAAGAGAAGAAACUUAUCAUACUCAUCAAAUAAAGCAGACGCAGAAUGAUGUUUUACAAAUAAGAUCGAAAAUGACGUCAUCGCGAGGCCGAACACGAAGCGAGGUACGUGACGCGGCGGAGCAUCGGCGGAGCGAGGACCGCGGCGCGGGGUCGCGGGGCCCGCGCGCUGCUGUGCUGCCGCCGCGCGCGCGCCCCCUGGCGGCCGGCGCUAGCCAGCGACGCGCCGCGCCGGGCGCGACCAAACUGUGCGGUUACUGUGGUUGUGUUCAUAAAAAGUUUGAAUGUCCGGCGUAUGGACAGAAGUGUAAUCGGUGCUUUCGAAAAAAUCAUUUUUCUCGCGUAUGUGGAGUGAAUUAUAUUGAGAACUCGGAUGAUGAGGAUAGUCAGGCGUCCGGUUAGAUGGGGUUUUGAAGACCAGCUUACUUAGCGACUGACCUGGGACUUCUUUGUUUUUUUUAAUAUACAUAUAUAAUUGUUUAAAUUUUUUUUAUCUCACUUUUCAGUAAAUAAUGUGUGACGUGUGAUGCAUGUUUGUCUUUUCUUAUAAUUUUGUGUUGAUUUUAAAUAUAUGUUUUUUUUCUUUAUAAUUUUGAAAAGGGGGAAAUGUCCAUUAAUUAUAUUUUUAUUUUUUUAUGGGGAAAGAUGUGAGGGUAUUUGAUAAAAUAAAUAUGUGAUGUAAAAUGUCAGUUGAAAUAAAGUUAG